GAUAUGUGCUCAGCAGAGAAGCUGUAAAAAGAUUUGUGGAGAAUGGUAUACCGAACAAGGAGAAAUGUCGUCAAGAUCAUGGAGGUGCAGAGGAUGUUGAAAUAGGUAUUUGUUUGGAAAGAGUUGGUGUGAAAGCAGGGGACUCGCGUGAUCCUGAAGGAAGAGGCAGAUUCUUUCCCUUUGUUCCUGAUGAUCAUAUCACUAUAGGCAAAAUUGAUCGAAGAAAUUGGUACUGGGAGUACAUAUACUAUCCAGUAAAGGAGGGCUUGGAAUGUUGUUCUGAUAGUGCCAUAUCUUUCCACUAUGUGUCUCCACAACAAUUGUAUGUCCUCGAGUAUCUUAUAUAUCAUUUAAGGCCCUAUGGAAUCAAUCAUGCAGUAGAUCUACCAGCAGAGCAAGCUGCAGAAAAUUCAAGUACUGUGUCAUCAGUAUCAUCUGCUGCUGUAUCAUCAUCAACUCUUUCUUCAUCAUCACCAGUCACAGCAGAAAAAUCAGUUAAUCUCAGCAAGAAAUAACCACAUACAUAGGGAAAACUUUGAACUGAUAUGUUUACAAUGUACUUUAACAGAAGUUCUAUUGUUACCAAUACCUCCUUGCUUGUUCAGAGGGUGUUCACAUUCAGUCAAAUUAUAACAUUUGUAGUUUUGUUAACUGAGAAGAAGCAUGAACAAACCAUAAAGCUGUUGGUUUCAUGUUUGUGUUUGUGUUGGGGGAAGGCAGA